UUUGCAUAUGUCGACAAACGCACUUGUAAACGGGCGAUGUCGUUGUUAAUAUUCGUAAGUGGUAGUUUUCUCGCGUUGCGCUAUUAAACGAGAUUUUAUUAAGAAGAAAAGAAACACCAAAACACUACAUGUCUUCAAACUGCAGAAUGUAACUGUGAAGAUUCAAUCAACAAGUCAUUACAUUGGAACAGUCAGGAGAAUAUUCAGAAUCAUCCAGCCUUGUCAUUUUUUGUGUGGCCUUGAACUAAAAUAAACAAUGGCCAGGUCACCAAAUCCACACGGAUUGAAGCAAAUUGGACUGGAUCAAAUAUGGGAUGAUUUGAAGGCUGGAAUUAAUACAGUCUAUCGUCGACAGAGUAUGGACAAGGUCCGCUAUAUGAAGUUGUAUACCCAUGUAUAUAAUUACUGCACUAGUGUACAUCCAACCGGCCAGGGAGGCUCAGGAGCACAGGCUUCAGGGCGUGGCACGCUGGGAAAGAAAAACAAACAACAGACCGGUGGCGCACAGUUUGUAGGCUUUGAGCUCUACAAGAAGUUGAAAGAUUAUUUGAAGAAAUAUCUGGUAGAUUUGCAAGAGAAUGGACAUGAUCUACUAGAUGAGCAGGUGCUGAGUUUCUACACCAAGCAGUGGGAGGAGUAUCAGUUCAGUAGCAAGGUGCUCAACGGUAUAUGUGCAUACCUAAACAGGCAUUGGGUGAGACGGGAAUGUGACGAGGGAACCAAAGGCAUUUAUGAAAUCUACUCACUGGCAUUAAUCACAUGGAGAGAUUGUUUGUUUAAACCACUGAACAAACAAGUCACAAAUGCAGUUCUUAAGUUGAUUGAAAGGGAGAGAAAUGGAGAGAUGAUCAACACUCGCCUUGUUAGUGGAGUUAUCAAUUGUUAUGUUGAGCUUGGUUUGAAUGAGGAUGACCCAUCAGCUAAGGGUCCCACGUUGAGCGUGUACAAAGAGCACUUUGAGACCCCGUUCCUGGUGGACACGGAGACCUUCUACAAGCUGGAGAGUACAGAAUUCCUCAGACAGAACCCUGUCACAGAGUACAUGAAGAAGGCUGAGGCACGACUGAUGGAGGAGCAGAGGAGAGUACAGCUGUACCUGCAUGAGAGCACCCAGGACAUCCUGGCCAGGAAGUGUGAGAGGGUGCUCAUAGAGAAACACCUCGAGAUAUUCCAUGUGGAGUUCCAGCACCUCCUUGAUGCUGACAAGAAUGAUGAUCUUGGUAGAAUGUAUCAGCUGGUGUCAAGAAUACAGGAUGGUUUGGGGGAGUUGAAAACCCUUCUGGAGACGCACAUAUACAGUCAGGGCCAGGCAGCCAUUGAGAAAUGUGGGGACGCUGCCCUCAAUGAUCCCAAAGUGUAUGUACAGACAAUCUUGGAUGUUCACAAGAAGUACAAUGCCCUUGUUAUGACAGCAUUCAGCAAUGACUCGGGCUUUGUAGCAGCACUCGAUAAGGCAUGUGGAAGGUUUAUCAAUAGCAAUGCUGUCACAAAGUUGGCAAAUUCCUCUAGCAAAUCUCCAGAACUUCUGGCUCGAUACUGUGAUCUCCUACUGAAGAAAAGUUCAAAGAACCCAGAAGAAGCAGAGUUAGAAGAUACAUUAAAUCAAGUGAUGAUAGCGUUCAAAUACAUAGAGGACAAGGAUGUGUUUCAAAAGUUUUACAGUAAGAUGCUGGCCAAGCGGCUGGUUCAGCACAUGUCGGCGAGUGAUGACGCCGAGGCAAGCAUGAUCUCCAAACUCAAGCAAGCGUGUGGGUUUGAGUACACGUCCAAGCUGCAGAGGAUGUUCCAGGACAUCAGUGUGAGUAAGGAGCUCAAUGACUCCUUCAAGUCACACCUCACCCAGUCAGGGGACCCUCUAGACUUGGAUUUUAGUAUCCAGGUGUUGAGUUCAGGGUCAUGGCCUUUCCAACAGUCCUGUACAUUUUGCCUGCCACAAGAGUUGGAACGUAGCUUUCAGCGCUUCACCACAUUUUACAACAACCGACACAGUGGUCGAAAGUUGUACUGGCUGUAUCAAAUGUCCAAAGGAGAAAUUGUCACAAAUUGCUUUAAAAACAGAUACACUCUUCAGGCCUCUACGUUUCAGAUGGCCAUUCUGCUGCAAUAUAACACCUUGGACUCUCUCACCCUAGCUGCCAUACAGGAGAACACUCAGAUCAAACUGGACGUACUGGUGCAGGUACUGCAGAUUCUGCUCAAGUCCAAGCUGCUGGUGACAGACGAUGAUGAGAACGAUCUGCAGCCUUCCUCUCAGCUCUCCCUCUUCCUGGGAUACAAGAACAAGAAGUUGCGUGUAAAUAUCAACGUUCCCAUGAAGUCUGAGGUGAAAGUGGAGCAGGAAAUCACGCAUAAACACAUUGAGGAGGACAGGAAGUUGCUAAUACAGGCAGCCAUAGUGCGCAUCAUGAAGAUGAGGAAGCAGCUCAAACACCAGCAGCUCCUCGGGGAAGUGCUCAAUCAGCUCUCGGCCAGAUUUAAACCCAGGGUCCCAGUCAUAAAGAAAUGUAUAGACAUCUUGAUAGAGAAGGAGUAUCUAGAACGUGUGGAUGGCUCUAAAGACACAUACAGCUAUCUAGCAUAACAUUAGCAAGCGCCUCUGUGAUCACGAUCGACGGUGUUGUUAGUGUAACUGAUUCCGUUAAUAAAUUAUGUUCCUGUGUAACUAUGAUCAUGUGGGGAAUGCCAGAAGAAGAAUACAGCAAAAACUUGCAUCCCUUGCAUCCUUCUAUGUUGUUUUUUUCGAACAUGGGAGGCUAUUUCUUGUUUUACUUGUUUGUUACUCAGUGCUUUUCCUCUAGAUACAUUUAGUACCACAAUUGGUACCAUUCUCAUACGGAUGUACAUUUUUAAUUUUCACUAUUUGAUCAAGACAAAAAGAAUCUACUACAAAAACCAGGGCUUACUCUGCCAUUCGCCAAAGUAGCCAAUGGCUAAAAAUAAACAAAUUUGGCUACAAAAAAUUCCAUUUGGCUACAUGGUUUUCUGCAUUAUCACCCAUAAAAUAUCCAAAAUAAUAAGAAUUAAGACAAAAAAAAGGUAAAUUUGGCUACUGAAAAUUUUGAGCCAGAGGGAGCCCUGCAAAAACCUUUUACUAAAAAAAUGACUGUAUUAACUAAAAACAAUAUGUUCAGGAAUAAAUGAAACCAUUUAAUUGGAGUAUUGUUUUAACAUACGUUUGGGAAAUUAUGAUGAAAAAACUGAAACAUGCUGAUUAAAAAAUACAACAGAUAUUAUUCCCAUCGUAUGCAGAAAGGCGAAUAAAUAAUGGUACAUGUAUUUUUAAAUUUGAGGAAUACGUGAAAAGAACUGUGCAUUAGUUUGACAAAUUGCCUCACAGAAAAGCUGUGGUAUCCAUUCAUACAGGUCUGUCAAUUGAUGUGUUUGCGUGUUAGUAUUAUAAUGUGAAAUAUAGUCGAAUUGUCUGUAGGGCAUAUCUGUCAUAGAAUCCUAUCUGUUUAGUUGUAGAACAAUAUUGUCAUAAAAGGUAGUCACAGCUAUGGUAUCCAUUGGUUUCCCAGCGAGAAUGAAUGCUUUAUUGCUAAAUUAAAAGAAUUGAGCAUGUACUAUUGUUUGUAAGUGUGAUUGUGUGCAAGUCUAAAGCAAGAUAAGUCCUCCUCAGUUGUAGGAUUGAUCUAAUAUUGUGAUUUGUUUAAAUAUACAAUAUUCUGUCAUACUUUAUACUAUGGUUCUGACCAUUAAGGAAAAUGUAUACAAUUCUAGAUCCUUAUGAAAUACAAAUGUUUAAUACAAAACCAGCAGCAAAAAGGAUCUUGCCAAAGGAUCUGUGCUUAUUACACUAUGUGUAAUUGAUGGUCUAUAUAUUUAGUUUAUCUGCCAUCAGAGAACCAGUAAUACAUAUAUUAAUUAAUUUGUCACAUUUAUUUAAUCGCAUACCAUACACAGUGAAAUGGAUCGACCACAAACGAAAUAAAUGUGCUAGUGUGGCAUGUAAGACCAAAACAGAUUUGAGAUUUAACAUUAACCCUUUCCCACUCAGAAGCAAUUUAAAAUGGCUAUAUGCAAACAGCAUAGAACAAGAACAGACUGCAAGUAACUGGCAGUCUGUUAAGGUUUUAUGCUAUUUGCUUUUCACCAGUAUCUAAGGGUUGGAAAUGAAAUAAAAACUGGAAUCUAGUAAGAAAGGUCUUCAAUUAAAUUUAACAUUCUAAGGGACUACAGAUGCAUCAAAAUACGUUUCUAAGUGGUAAAGGGUUUAAAAUGUAUCUAAGUGGUAAAGGGUUAAUAACUUAAUGUAAAGAAAUUGUGCCUGUGGGUAUGGGAAUAGUGACAGUGCUUGAUGUGUUAUCUUGUUUAGGGUCUAUCAGAAAUCAAAUCUUGACAGCGUACUUUUGUCUUGUAAAUCUUAACUGCUUCAGAUAAUAAGGCAAGUCUCUUCAAAGUUAAAGACUAAGGCUAUUGACAUCUCAUAAAUGAACUACAUGUGUGUGUGCUGCAUUCUUCAUGUCUAUUGUUUGUUGUUCAAGUUUUAAAAAAGUAUUUGUUUGUAAAAUUAGAAUUUUAUACUUGUAUUGCUGCAAACAAAUUGUCAUACUUGUUGUUUUAUUUAUUGUUCAUUGUAAUAUACAAUUGUAGAUAUAUAUGCAUACGCCUUUGUAUAAAUCUCAUUUUGUAAAAAAACAAUAAUGAGAUGUAAUGUACAACCCAUGUUUGAAUAUAAUUACAUCUAAAACUAAUCCUUUCCAAGUUGAUAACGGUUCUGUCAAUGGUUUGUUAUUGUUGCAUUUAUCUUUAAGAUUAAUUUAUUAUAAAGAUAAAUGCAUGUAUUACUUAUCUUCAAUAUUCAUUUAGAUACAUGUGCGAGACAUGAACUUUCCCCUUUGAAUUCAUUGAGGAUACCAAUAUUUUGGUCAUGCCAUGCAUGUGAUUUGUGUGCUUUUAAAAAUCAACCAAUAUGCAGCAGAAGUAGUCCGUUUAUUCAGUUGAUUCGCAAAAGUAAAUCUCAACUGAUCAUUUACUGGAUUUCAGUAGCACAUUCCUUCCAAUAUGUAUAUCACAGUAUUUCUCCUCUUUAUCAGAAACAUAACUUACGUUCCAUUUGUAUUGUAUCUUUAAAUUGUUUGAAAAAUAUGAAACAGUCCUGGAGUGAAUCAAGUUUCCCAGACUGAGCAUGUCUCUUUAAAAAUUGACAUCCACUGUUUUGCAGUUUUAUGAAAUACUGCAGCUAUUUCAUGUACAUUAAUAGAGCAUACAUAUAGAUGCUGAAUCGUUGUGCUUAAAGUAGUGGCUGUCUUGGUUUCAUUGGAGACUUUUGAUGUCAUAUUGUGAUCGUUUAUGUACUUAUUAUCACACUGUUGCAUUAUGCAAUAACAAAGUUGUGUAUUUGAUACAAGUUUAACAGUUGUUUAAUCACUAGUAAGCUGUUAGUAAAUUAAAAUGCAACCAGCCCCUUUACCAGUUAUUCACGAUCUGUAUAUGAAAACCCUAUAUGUCUAUUAAUUUUUACCAACCUUAAUAUCUGAUCAAGCCGUUCCAUUCUGUGAAAUGAGAAAAUGACAAAAAUGAUGAAAACUGUUAAGCAUACAUGCAUAUUCAUUAUCUGUACUAUUGCAGUAUUGAUGAAUCAUGGAAUGAAAUAAACAUAGAGAAAUUUUA